CUGAUCAUUCUCUUCUUCUUCAAACAACAUAUACAUAAAAUCAUACACACACGUAUAUAUAUAUAUAUAUAUAGAUAGUGUGAAAGAUGAUAUGCGAGGAGGCAUAUCAUCAGCAACCGCAAAUACAAAAGGAACAAAUGAUGACGAUGGAUCAACGUAAUAAUCAUCAACGGAAGAGAUCACCAUUAUCCUCACCAUCAUCUCCAUCAUCACCAUCGUCUCCAUCAUCACCAAAGUCACCAUCAUUCAAUAAUAAUGAGGAAGAGAGGCUAGAGGUUGUGAAUUUGAGUGGGAUGGCAUUGGAGUCUCUCCCUAAUCCUUCACUCAAUUUAGCUCAGAUUUGCAAGCUUGAUCUCUCCAAUAAUCAUCUUCAGACCAUACCAGAAUCACUAACAGCGAGACUACUCAACUUGAUAGCAUUAGAUGUUCACUCAAAUCAGAUCAAAGCUCUUCCAAACUCCAUUGGUUGUCUCUCUAAGCUCAAGACUCUCAAUGUCUCCGGCAACUUUCUUGUAUCCUUUCCCAAAUCUAUCCAACAUUGCAGGUCAUUGGAAGAACUAAAUGCAAACUUCAACAAACUAAUCAGAUUACCAGACUCCAUUGGUUUUGAACUCACCAAUCUAAGGAAGCUCUCUAUCAACUCCAACAAGCUAAUUAGUCUUCCAAUCUCCAUUACUCACCUCACAUCUCUCCGUGUCCUUGACGCCCGUCUCAACUGCCUCAUGAUUCUACCGGAUGAUCUCGAGAAUCUCAUCAACCUCGAGAUCCUCAAUGUCAGCCAGAAUUUCCAGUAUCUUUCCGCUCUUCCAUCUUCCAUUGGCCUUUUAAUGAACCUCAUUGAGCUCGAUGUUAGCUACAACAAGAUCACUGUCUUGCCAGAGUCCAUUGGCUGCAUGAGACGGUUAAGGAAGCUGAGUGUUGAAGGAAACCCGCUUGUGUCGCCACCCAUAGAGGUGAUGGAGCAGAAUUUGCAGGUGGUGAGAGAGUAUCUGACACAGAAGAUGAAUGGUGGCUCACCAAGGAGUCCCAGCAAAAAGAAGUCAUGGGGAUUCGGUAAAUUGGUGAAGUAUGGGACGUUCAAUGGCGGAUCAAGAAGCUGGAAUAGAGAGGAGAGAGAAGGGUUCAUCAUGCCUGAGUACCGCUCCAUCGACAGUCUUGCUUCGCCUAGGUAUUCUGGAAUGUUCUCUCCACGUCGUCUCUUUUCUCCAAGAACCUAUUUCAGCAGAUAA